GUGCUCCCGAGAGCUGCCUGCACAGGGAGUGACCUGUGUUUGGAUUCUCUCUGUCUCCCAUCAGGUGAUGUGACGGUGAGUGAGAAUGAGGAGCAGAAACCCCAGCAGGAAGAUGCUGAGGAAGGAGAACCACAUGGAACGUUAUCAGGAAGACCCAAAGGGAAUGUUUCUGGGAUUUGUGCACUCCAAGAAAAAGCCAAUUCUUGUGAUGCUCAAGAGAGGCCAAAGGAAAACUUCAGUAGCCACUCAGACCUUAUAACAUGCGACAGAAUCAACUUGCAAGAGACACGCUACAUGUGCCAUGAGUGCGGGGAAAGCUUCAAUCGGAGCUCUGCCCUUAUCACACAUCAUAGAAUCCACACAGGGGAAAUGCCCCACAUGUGCGCUGAGUGCGGGAAAAGGUUCAAUAGGCGCUCAAAGUUUAUCAGACAUCAGAAAAUCCACACAGGAGAGACGCCCCACACAUGCUCUGAGUGCGGGAAAAGCUUCAGUGACCGGCCACACCUUAUCAGACAUCGUAGAAUCCACACAGGGGAGACGCCCCACACAUGCUCCGAAUGUGGGAAAAGCUUUGAUCGGCGCUCAAACCUUAUCAGACAUUGUAGAAUCCAUACAGGUGAGACCCCCCACACGUGCUCUGAGUGUGGGAAAAGCUUCAAUAGAAGCUCAAACCUUAUCACACACCAGAGAAUCCACACAGGGGAGAAGCCCUACACAUGUGCUGAGUGUGGGAGAAGCUUCAAUCGGCACUCACACCUCAUUACACAUCGUAGAAUCCACACGGGAGAGACGCGCUACAUAUGCUCUGAGUGUGGGAAAAGCUUCAGUGACAUCUCUGCCCUUAUCACACAUCAGAGAAUCCACAACGGAGAUAUGCCCUACACCUGCUCUGAGUGUGGGAAAAGCUUCCGUUGGAGCUCAUACCUGAUCAGACAUCAGAGAAUCCACACAGGGGAGAAGCCCUACACAUGCUCAGAGUGCGGGAAAAGCUUCAGUCAGCGCUCUACCCUUAACGCACAUCAAAGAAUCCACACAAGAGUGACGCACUAUCCAUGCCCUGAGUGCGGGAAAAGCUUCAGUCGAAGCUCAGACCUUAUCAGACAUCAGAAAAUCCACACGAGAGAAACUCCUUACACAUCAGGCCUGCACAACUCAUAAAGUAGCGAGGACUAUAUUGCUCCAAAGAAAACAGCUGAGGGCUGAAGCCACCUGGCCCCGCGGAAACACCACACCCAGUGCCGCCCGGCCCUGUGGAAACACUCCCCCCAGCAUUGCCUAGCCCCACGGAAACAAACCCUCCUUCCCUAGCACCAGCCCACUGAAACAACUGUGGGCCGAAAAGGAAGGCUGCGGGGCUGUGAUACUUUAUUAAGAAAUUUUCAAUUAAGGCAAACAAUUUUUUUAAUUAUUUUUUUUUUUAUGAAUUGUAUAAAAAUGAAAAACACGUGUUUCCUUGAAAGAAAACAUUUGUACUUUUCAUAAUUACCUUACAAAUUUAAUGAGAGAUAGUACAUCUCUUUUGGGCAACAAGCUUGUCACAUUCGGGGGUCAUAUUUGAAGUGGAUAUUUUCAUAAUGUUUUCCAAAUGGUCAUCAGUCAGAGAAGAACGUAGCUUGUUUUUAUUCGUGUUCAUGAUGGAAAAUGUUCACAUAUGUAAGUGCUUCCAAAAAUGCUGAACGUUUUCAGUGCAACUUCAAUAAGAUUCUUGUAUUUUUCAUUGUCCAGACUUUUGUAGAAAUCCCGCAGGCUGCUUUCUCUGUGCUUAUUUCGGUAAACUGCCGAACAUGGAAAUUCAGUAAUCUCCAACUGCAAAUCUAGUGGCACUUCUCUGGAUCCACAAAAAAGGGAUCUUCAAUCAGCUUCAACUGGAUGUCUUCUUCUUUAGACAAAGUAAGUCUUCUGUCAAAUUCUUCAAUCAAAAGAUUAAUGUGCUUUGCGUAUUUUUCUCCUAAUUUGGCAGGUUUGUGCUGAGGGAUACACUGUGCACAAGUGACACACUUCACCUUUUGACAGCUGACUUCUGAAAAGUUUCAAUUUCAUUUUGAAAGCUUUCACUGCAGCACACGUUUGAAAUAGAAGUUGAUUUUUUCUCUGAAGAUGAAUGUUGAGAUCAUUCAGGUGUGCUGUAAUAUCACAAAAGAAAAAGAAAUCUUGAUUCCAGGACUCAUUUUCAAGCUCUGGGAAUUUUACUGGCCCAUUUUCUAGGAAUUUUGCUACCUCCUCUUUCAAAGCAAUGAAACGGUGGAGCACUUUUCCUCGACUGAACCACCUCAGUUCCUUAUGGUAGAUCAAGUCGCUGCACUCGGCAUCGACCCCUUCAAGAAAGGCUCUAAGUGUCCUAUGUUUUUAGUCCUCUAGAACGGAUGUAGUUUAACAUGGAAACUACCACUGACAUUACAUCCUCAGAUUUUAAGACUUUGCUACACAAAACCUGCUGAUGUAAAUGCAAUGAUGUUUAGUUAUUUGUCUCCCAAUAAAUUCUUCAAGAAUAGCAACAGCACCAACAUUUUUUCCACACAUAGCUGGAGCACCGUCAGUACAAAUGGCCACCAAGCUUGUGAAAUCUAAUCCCGACUUAUCAUUCAUGGACUUUAUCACUUCACUGGAGAUUUCUUUUCCGGUUGUGCGACCUGUCAUGGAGCGCAUGCCAGCAAGUUCUUCAGUAAUUGCAAAGUUAUGAUCAAUACCUCUAAUAAAAAUAAGAAGUUGGGCAGUGUCUUUUAAA